AUGAAGGAAAUUUUAAUGUGCCCACCAAAAUAUUUCGAAGUCACCUAUGAGAUCAACCCGUGGAUGCACAAAUCGUCGCGCGUCGACCGGGCGAAGGCGAUGGAGCAGUGGAACACGCUGAAACGCACGAUUGAGGCAUGCGGAGCCGAGGUGGUCACUAUCGAACCGAUCGAAGGUCUGCCUGACAUGGUGUUUACGGCGAAUGCCGCCCUGCUGCGCAAGAAGAAAGUGUGGCUCAGCUGUUUCAAGUACCCACAACGCCAAGGCGAGCGCAAGUACUUCGAAGAGUGGUUCAAGAACAACGGUUACGAGGUAAGUGGCGAUGAUACGACGUUUGAGGGAGCCGGUGACGCCCUGUAUGCCGGAAACAAACUCUUCGCCGCCCAUGGAUUUCGCUCAGACAAAAAAGUUUACGAAAAGAUCAAGGCUUUCUUCAAUGACCCCACGAUCGACUACCACAUCCUACAUCUGAUAGACCCCCGCUUUUACCACAUAGACACGACGUUCUGCCCACUGAAUAGCGAGAUCGGCAUCUUCAACCCAUUAGCAUACGAUGAAGCUUCGAGGAAGGAGUUUGAGAGCUCGAUGAAGUUGCUCGUUGUCCCCAAGGACGAAACGUGCCACUUUGCUUGCAACGCCGUGGUCAUCGACAACAACAUCAUAAUGGCCGAAGGCACGGAGAAGACAACCAAGAUCGUUGAGGAAAACGGAUUUAAGGUGCACCAUGUGAACAUGUCCGAAUUUCUGAAAUCAGGCGGUUCGUGCAAGUGCUUGACUUUGGCUCUCAACUAG